AUACCCUUAAGUAGCGCAAUUCACAGCUUCUUGAAAACGAAAAGCAAGGAGCGCUCGAGUUCAAUCUCCAAACCACUCAACACUGCAUUCAUAUUCACCAUGGGCGACGAAGUUGACAAGAAACCCGAGGCCGGAUCAGUAGAGCACAUCAACCUCAAGGUGGUUGGACAGGACCACUCCGAGGUUUUCUUCAAGAUCAAGCGCUCGACACAGCUCAAAAAGUUGAUGGAAGCCUAUUGUGAACGUCAAGGAAAGGCUGUCACCAGUGUUCGUUUCUUGUACGAUGGUGAAAGAAUCCAGCCUACCAACACGCCCAACGAGCUUGAGAUGGAGGAUGGCGAUUCGAUCGACGUCAUGGUAGAACAAGUCGGAGGAGCCUUUUAAGAGUUUGCUACAAUUACACUCUCAUUACAGGAUUCAGGAGCGUCAGUACUAGUCGUCGAAAGGCCAUUUGAAGUUCAAAGGGUCCACCAAAAGUACAGAGGAUUAUUUUGUCCAUUUCUAUCUUCAUCGCUCUAUUCUUUAACAUGGAUGUCGACGCGUGCUGUCUCAAUCUACAGCAGAAUGAACUUGAUAAUAAAUGGAAGAACUUUUACAUACCGA